AUGGCAGAAGACGACCAGCUAUCAGCAUGGAAUAGUGCCCGAUCUUUGGGUUCGGCGUCUCUUGGUCUCCAGACUGCGUAUCUCAUAUUCAGUCUGGUGGUGGCUGUGGGAUGUGGCCUGCUGGUUGUCUACUUGGUCUACAAGAAGGACUAUCUCCAAAAGCCUUCUAACUAUCUUCGUUGCAGCCUGUCAGCAUACGACAUCAUUUUCAUGUGCUGUAUGAUUCCAAUGGACAUCUACGUACUUUAUCAGGCGGAUGACAGCAACGGCCAGACGGUAUGUUGGGUGCGAGAACAACUGUUUAGAUGGUUUACAACAUCCAUGAGUGGCACAUACGUCCUGAUGGCAAUGGAACUGUACUACUUCAUCUGCCAACCCCUGCACUACCACCAGAAAGUCACCACAAAGCGUGUGGCUGCCGGCACGGUUGUGGUCCUGGCGUUGUCCUUGAUGUUGCGGGUCGUUUACAUAACCAUCGAAAAAGUGGAGAAUCCCAACACAACCUCGCAGUGUGGUCUACAGUCUGCUGACAUCACUGGCCCAACAGCAGUCAUUCAACACAUCAUGACAGGAUUGGUUGUCCUGGCCUUUCUCAUCAUCUUCAUUUCCUACUUCCUCAUCUUCAAAGAAGCAAGAAAACAACAGGAGAGGGAUGAACACCGUGACCUGUGGCUCUACCAGACCAAGGCCUUCAAAAGGCUGGCACCUCAUGCCAUAAGCCUAGCUGUGUGGGUUGGAACCAUUGUGCUCCUGGUUGUAAUGACUCGUCAGGCACUUGGAAAAGAGGCAUCCUUCCCACUGCGCAUCACCACGCGAAUAGCUGUACUGCUUUACACGACUCUGUCGUCUAUGGUCAACCCCAUUGUCUACAGCUUCAGGAUGCCAGACUUCCGCAGAGCACUGAGGGAGACAUUUGGCUGGCCAAGCAAUGCCCCCGUGGCACAGGCACCACCACCUCAUGGUCAACAGGGGCAAGACUUGGAGAUGGCCGUCUUCAGUGUGCCCGGCCAUGGACAAGGGGGAUCUACAAUACAAGUGGCAGAAGCACCACCUUCUUCAAGGCUGACACAGGUGGGAGAAGACACCUCCAACACAACCUGUCCCACUAACAAGGCUGGAGGCAAUACAAAUGGCGCUGACCCUGCCCCCAAAAUGAUGCAGACAGAAGGUACCCUUUCCAAACCAUCUCUCCAGCUAUCAGGCAUACAGCCAGAGUAG